AUGCCUCCCAAAAAGCGACUUGCUCCCGGCGAGGAAAGCGAAAAUUUCAACCCCCUUGACACGCAACUACCCCAGUCCAAGGCUCAAAAAGGUCCCGGUGGCGUUCGUCUAAAGACUGCAGCAAAAGCUGCCCCGAGCACCAAGACAAAGAGCCACAAGCUGCCGCCUAAGGAGUCAAAGAAACAGAACAAUUUAAUCAGCGAGGUAAUCGAUCUCGAUCAGAUCGAGCAUGAAAAGCCUUAUCGAGAGCAGCUCCACCGAAAGCCAGAGGUUCGCAUCAAAAAAGUGCCACCACCGACUGGCAAAUUUCCGCUCUUUACAGACGGAGAUGUUAUCAUUCAUCUUGAGUGUAAAGGCUGGUUAUCCACAUACCAGCUCCAUUCUAGUACGCUCGUUCAUGCCUCGGCAUGGUUCGGGGAGACCGUAGAUUUGGACAUGAGUAUGCUUGAAGCCGACCCUGUUAGAGGCGCCAAGAUGCAGAAACGAUACAAAAUCAAGGCGAGAUAUGAGCUGAAGGUCAACCCAGACUUGAAGGUUUAUCUUCUCAAGAGAGGCAGCUUCACAUACUUCAACGAGCAAGUGCCCUCUAGACUGGGAUCAAGUAAGGCCGGACCUCAAAAGUCUCUUGGGCAAGCCCUGCAAGCCAAGAUGCCUGCGAGCGACGCUGCAGUCAAGAAAAGUAUUUCACAGAGUGCAGCCCUUGAAGUCAUAGAUGAAGACAAGCAUACCCACCAGCCGGUCAUCAAGGAUGGAGUUUCAGAAAUAUCGAGAUCUGCGGGAGAGCCCAGCGAAGCAAAGAAGAUCGCCGAGUCCGUCGACAAGCCAGAGCAGCCUACAAUUCCUAAGAGCGUGACCGACAUGGCCCGGUUAUCGAUAUCUGAGAGUCCCGUCAAUGUCGGAUCUUGUGAUGCUUCUUCAUCUUUCGAGGGUAAGCCCAUUGAAAAGGAAGAGGUUACCACAAAUUCGGCGCUGGAUAUCGACACGGCCAUGGUGGACAACUGUGGAGAGUCAACCAACGUUCAUGCUCUGGCCUCUGACACUGUUGAGAGUGCUUCUGUCAAGAGUGACAACGACACCACGAUGACCGACAUUCCCGAAGAUACUGUACCUGAAGGUAACGACACUCACAUGAGCUUGCCUAUCAUUGGAAAGCCUAUGGAGGCAUGUGGUUCUGGGAUGGACUCGGCUCUCAAGGAGGUAGCAACUUCAACAACUCUGUCUCCCACGGCCCGAUCUCAAAUCGCUGCCAGUCUAACAACUGAUACGCCAGCCCUGGCUUCCGAAGAUGCCGUCACGACAGAGCCUCCAGCUCUAGGCCCAAUGUCUGCCGAGCCGGAAAACACAGAUGUUCAUGUUCCAGCUCCAGCCUCGGCGAUGGAUGGAAAUGCCGUCGCUGAGAAGGAGAAACUCUCCGAAAAGGAGCAUGUCGACACAGAGAAGUCCUCUGCUCUCCCAGCUGCUACGGCCAAAGAACAGCUUCCCCAGAGCAGCACACCCGCGGGCCCGGUCCAACCAACUAGCCAAAGCCAGGGAACCGCAGAAGCCGAGUCUCCCAAGUCCACAGCCAUCGCAAUCAAAGGUCGGAUCGUGAAGAGCCCGAGAGGAGUUACCAAAUUCGCGAUGGCGACCAAUCACUUUGUGGCGCGACCACUCGCAAUCAGAAGUGGACACGACUUCGCAUUUGCCCACCACAACCUCUUCCUUGCAUAUUACAACCUGCCUCUGACGAUCAGCACUGUCGACAUCGACUUCGCCCUAGACCACGCAGAGCUACUUAUCGAUGUCGCCCGUCUAUAUGGCUCAAUCCCCAUGGUUCGAUCGCACAUUACCAGCGCGCUCAUGAACUUUGGCCGGGACCUCUACCUCGCUAUCAUGCACGACCCACCUCGCUGGAUGCAGCUCGCAUACUACCUUGAAUCGGCUCCAAUCUUCAGAGAGGGACUGAUCCACGCCGUGGGAAGCUAUGGAUGGUGGCCCUGGUCGUCCUUCCACCCACCCGAGAUGUUCGCUCAAACCAUCGAGGUGAUGAACCGAAAGCUCAGCGAGCUGGAGGCCUUGAGAUCUGCUGCUGCCGACUCUCUCGACGCGGCCCAGCUCCAAGUAGGAGAUGUCGAUCUGACAGCCGAUUCACUCACAGCGGCCACUGCGGACAUCUGGUCAGUCGGGCAGCAAUGGAAAAGCUGGUUCAACGGAGCUCUGGCAGAGGCUGACAGCAAGGCUCCCCAAUCCAACCCCAACCUCGAACACACCAGGCGACUGGAUCACGCGGGCGUCUAUCGCUUGAUCUUGAAGGGCGGAGAUGCAUACUUGCCACUUGAGGAGGUUCUCGAUCGAAUCGAAGCCAUCAAACCAGAUGGCGCGAAGGUUCCAUCGAAGGGUCGCGAGGUAGAGAGAACUCUGAAGACCAUGAAAGACUAUGCCCAAGAGCAGGUCGCAGCCCUUUGUGUGAACAACUCUAUGCUCCCGGUGGAAGAGGUCGGAAUCGACUACUUCACCUGCAUCAACUUGAAGGACAGCGAAAUGCCAUGGGUCAAGCCUCGUGGUGCGACUGUCCCUAAGAGAAAAGUUCAAUCUUAA